AUGGCCAUACUGUCACACUUGCUCGUCAUCGUCCUCGCACUCUUUGCUUCAUCUCUUUACGCUAUUUCUCUCAAUGUUGAUGAGCCAGAUUCCAUCCUCCGUGCUGCUGAACUGACGGCCUACGGUGUGCAAGCUCUCUAUAAUGGAAACCAAACCCAUGGCGUCCUGGGAAAAUGGCCAUAUCCUCCCUAUUUCUGGUGGGAAAGUGGUGCAGCAUGGGGUGCCAUGGUUGAAUACUAUCAUUACACGAAGGAUCCGACCUAUCUCAAUGUCACAUACCAAGGCUUGAUAUCGCAGCUUGGCCCAGCAUUUGACUUCAAUAUGCCGAGUGAGGCAUUUGACGAAGGAAAUGAUGAUCAAGGAUUCUGGGCAUUUGCCGCCAUGUCAGCGGCCGAAUAUUCUUUCCCUCAACCUCCCUCGCCUUUCCCUCCUUGGAUAAAAAUCGUCCAAAAUGCUUGGGAGAGUUUCGCUGGUCGCUGGAAUACCUCCGGCUGCCAUGGCGGUUUGAAAUGGCAAUUUCAUGCCGAGAACGCAGGCUGGUACUACAAGAGCACUAUUUCAAACGGGGGCUUCUUCCAGCUAUCAGCUCGGCUAGCUCGUUACACAGGGAACGACACAUAUUUGCACUGGGCAAACGCCAUCUGGGAUUGGACAGAGGGAGUCAGCCUCAUUGACGAGAAAUUCAAUGUCUAUGACGGGACAGACGAGCUUCUCAACUGCACAGCCGUUGAUCACCACCAGUGGUCGUACAAUGUGGGAGUCUUCCUAUACGGAGCAGCAGUCCUCCAAAAUUACACCAACAGCUCUCAGGUCUGGAUGACCCGCACGCUUGGCCUCCUUGACAGCGUCAACACCUUCGUCACUCCAGACGAAAAUUCCACGAACAUGAUUUUCGAGCACGCAUGUGAGCUCAAACAGAUAUGCAACACGGAUCAACUGUCGAUGAAAGCGUUUCUCGUUCGAUGGCUUGCGGGUACGUCCCUCAUGGCGCCAUUCACUGCAGGAAGAGUCGGUGAACUUCUGCGCACGUCAGCAAAAGGUGCAGCGGAAUCAUGCACAGGAGGUCCAUCCCGCAACAGCUGUGGUUCAAAGUGGUACAUCCGUGGAUGGGACGGAACGACCGGCUUGGGUCAACAGCUGUGCGCCAUGGAAGUCAUGUACGCACUCCUGGUCAACCAGACAGAUUCCCCCGCCAACGCCCUCACUGCCAAUAUCCAGCCUGCUCCGCCGGUCAACGUCACAGCAACAGCUUCGCCUCAACCUAACAACACCGCUAGACCACUGCAUGACGGUGAAGGACCCGGUAGGAAGAAGCACGCCCGCUCCAAGAUGCCAGUGGUCCUUGUCACGAUUCUCACUUUGCUUCAGAUUCACUGA